AUGUCUCUCGCGCUCCUCACCGUAGCAUCGGUCAGCGUUCUUAGCGCGCUCGCGAAGUCGCCAGCUCAGCGUGAUCCCCUCUCCUCGACGUCGCCUGAGGCUUGGGAGCACCUACGGAGGAAGGUGGAUGGUCGCUUGUAUGCUGGAGUCCCGUUCGCUCAACAGUGUUUCGACGACUCUACGUCGGAGGCUUGUCUCGUCGCGAGAAGGGCAUAUUUGGAUGAAACCUCGAGAUCAAAUACAUUUGGCGCAUAUAUCAACACACAGUGGGAGACGUGCCAGACCACAGCCGAACAGUGCCUGCUCGACUUUACAGACCCGAACUCGGCACUUCCAACAUCGCCACCAAACAAAUGCAGCCAAGGAAGCAUAAGUAACUACUAUAUCGAUGUGCGCUUACCACAAGAUAUCUCUGCCGCGUUCGCAUUCUCCAGAAGGACUGCUGUACCUUUAGUGGUAAAAAACACGGGUCACGACUAUAAAGGUCGCAGUAGCGCUCCUCGAUCUUUGGCCCUCUGGACACAUAACCUUAGAAAUAUAACCUUCAACCCCAACUUUGUUCCAAGUGGUUGCAGUAAGCAAAGGUCGAGUCCAGGUGUGACGGUCGGCGCAGGAGUGAUGUGGGGAGAAGCAUAUGCCUUCGCUGAAGCCCAUAACAUCACGGUUGUCGGCGGCAGCGACAAAAAUGUUGGCGUCGCCGGUGGGUGGCUUCAGGGGGGAGGACAUGGCGCGCUCUCUAACUCUAUGGGAUUGGGUGUCGAUCGGGUUCUCGAGUUCAAGAUAGUGACCCCAGAUGGCAAGUUCAGAACCGUCAACGCAUGUCAGAACGAAGACCUCUUCUUCGCUCUCCGUGGUGGUGGGGGUGGCACCUUUGGUGUUGUUACGGAGGCUACUAUCUUGGCAUCUCCCCAAGUCACACUCCAAGCUGUGGUUGUGUCAUUCCCGAGGCCUACUCCUGGUUCGAAUAUCACCCAAGAGUUGUUCUCCAUUAUAGUCGCUAACUCAAUCCGUUGGGCUGACGAGGGAUGGGGUGGGCUUGCCAACGGGUUCACCGCUAUCUAUGUGAAUCCACUGAUUUCGCAAGCAAAGGCCGCCGAAUCGAUGAAGCCGUUGAUUGACUUUGCGAAUCGAGUCAAAUCAGAAAACAACAUGACCUCGGCACGUAUCGUAGCCACCGAAUUCCCUAGUUGGGGUCAGUUCUUCAACUUCUUCGCAAACGGAUUCGUCGCCGCUGUUGGACAAAGUCUUGCCUUGACUUCACGGUUGGUCAACCAAGACAAUUUUGCCACUGCCCACAAGCAGCAACAGCUCAUCAAUGCGUUGACGGCAGCAAACGCAGAAACUCAAAGCCUUAUAAUCUUGAUAUCUCCACCACACAGGUUCUCACGUAGAGGUGAGGCGAAGAAGAUCAAGGCCAACAAUGCGAUCACCAGCGUCACGCCAAUGUGGAGAGAGAGUAUAUACCACAUUACGACCGUCUCGCCAUGGAACUGGAAUGCCACAACAUUUGAAAAGAAGGCUCAAUACCAACGUGCUAGCACUGCCAUGGAUCAUCUCCGAAGGAUUACACCUGAUGCAUCAUAUGUGAACGAAGCUGAUGUCCACGAGUCGAACCAUGAAUCUGCGUUUUGGGGACAUAAUUUCAAGGAGCUCCUACGUAUCAAGAAGAAAUACGAUCCCGAGCAUUUGCUAGACUGCUGGCACUGUGUGGGCUGGAAUCAACAAUCGCCUCGAUUCUCGUGCUACAUCUAA